AUGGAGCAGACGCCGGGAUUGCGCCGCCUGCAGGGACCUGCCCAGUUCUUCCUGGGUGUGCGGGGAGCGCAGUCCCGGCGCAUAGGGGCCGCUGGGCGAGAGCCGCACCAGCAGGAUGUCUCUGUGUGUGCUCGGGCGGCCCUCGGUCCCGGCGCGCUCUGGGCAGCUGCAUGGGGAGUCCUACUGCUCACCGCCGCCGCGGAGGCGCAGCGCGGCCGGAAGAAGGUUGUGCACGUGCUGGAGGGGGAGUCGGGCUCCGUGGUGGUACAGACAGCGCCGGGACAGGUGGUCAGCCACCGCGGUGGCACCAUCGUCUUGCCCUGCCGCUACCACUACGAGGCAGCUGCCCACGGCCACGACAGCGUCCGCCUCAAGUGGACCAAGGUGGUGGACCCGUUGGCCUUUGCCGAUGUCUUCGUGGCGCUUGGCCCCCAGCAGCGGGCGUUUGGCAGCUACCGCGGGCGGGCUGAGCUGCAGGGUGAUGGGCCCGGGGACGCCUCCCUGGUUCUCCGGAACGUCACGCUCCAGGACUAUGGGCGCUAUGAGUGCGAGGUCACCAACGAGCUGGAGGAUGACACUGGCAUGGUCAAGCUGGACCUGGAAGGCGUAGUCUUCCCUUACCAUCCGCGUGGAGGCCGCUACAAGCUGACCUUCAUGGAGGCGCAACGCGCGUGCGCUGAGCAGGACGGCAUCUUGGCGUCGGCUGAGCAGCUGCACGCGGCCUGGCGCGAUGGCCUGGACUGGUGCAACGCGGGCUGGCUGCGCGACGGCUCGGUGCAGUACCCGGUGAGCCAGCCCCGGGAGCCCUGUGGCGGCCUGGACGGGGCCGGGAGCGCCGGGGCUGGCGGUGGAGCCUCGGGGGGUGUGCGCAACUACGGCUACCGCCAUAACGCCGAGGAACGCUACGAUGCCUUCUGCUUCACAUCAAACCUCCCGGGGCGCGUGUUCUUCCUGAAGCCGCUGCGGCCCGUGCCCUUCGCGGGAGCAGCGCGCGCGUGCGCGGCGCGCGGCGCGGCCGUGGCCAAGGUGGGGCAGCUGUUCGCCGCGUGGAAACUGCAGCUGCUAGACCGCUGCACCGCAGGCUGGCUGGCGGACGGGAGCGCACGCUACCCCAUCGUGAACCCGCGCGCGCGCUGCGGCGGCCGCCGGCCGGGUGUGCGCAGCCUCGGCUUUCCCGACGCCACGCGCCGCCUCUUCGGCGUCUACUGCUACCGCGCACCCGGCGCACCCGACCCAGCACCUGGGGGCUGGGGCUGGGGCUGGGCGGGAGGCGGCGGGUGGGCCGGAGGCGCGCGAGACCCCGCCGCCUGGACCCCGCUGCGCGUCUAG